AAAGUAGAUGAAGUUAAAUCUCCCCCUUGUCCCUCCUUUCAGUCAUCUUGCUCGAAUUAUUGUGUCUUUGAGGAGGAAGCUCUGAACUUCUAGUUUCCUUCUCAGUGCAUUUGAUGUGAGAAGAGAUUUAGGUUUCUUUGUAUCUAAACCAAGUGGAUCAGAUGAUUUAUUACCAGAAGCUAGUUUGGUCGCAAUGGGAGGGGGGUGUUUGGGUUGGUGGUGCAUGUGAGCUUUUCGUUUUCAUCUAGCGUUGACGCGCCACUGUCAAUUUCCCGUCGCUGUGGGGCGGCUCAGGGUCCCGGUAUCCAUGGCGUUUUAAAGAUAACCGGCCUCGAGGUGCAUCAAUGAAUCUAGGCUCUAGACUCUUCCACCAAUCACGGGACGGUUUAACUUUUCUUUGUCCUUUCCGUCCUCGGAUCUUUCCGGUACGUUCCCUGAGGGACCGAGAAGGCGUGAAUGGUUGAGAUGGCUUGAAACCUUGGAAGCCCACGUGGUCCGCAAUAAUUGAGGUCCUACAACUACUCUGUGCAUCUCUCCCUGUAUAGGAUGUCUCUCGAUAGAACCCAGAAACCAGAUACUGACCAGAAACAGGGACCGAUCCUAGGCUGGGUGACCUAGAGACGCCAUUUGCUUCCUGGGCUCUAUCUGGAUCCCUAGCUUUUAACUGUGGGGAAUGAGGACUACCCACGUGUCCAAUAGUGACGUGGGGCCUUGCUCAGUAUAUAGCCAGAAGGGAAAUACAGGGUUAACAGCUAAAUGGCCAUUAAUGUUGUCGACUACCUGUCUCUCUCUACCUCUACAGUAUCUGGAACAUUGUAAUUUAUUUUUCAGAAGCUGUUGAGAUUGUAGGACAGGAGGAGCAGAGAACCAUUGACUGUUCGUACUUGUUUCGACAUAGAGCGGAAAAGAAAAUCGAUUCUGAUUGAUGUUCUUGGUGUAUUGGAUCUGAUAUUCCGGUGGUUUUUGUCAUUUUCCGGUAUGAGUACGCGGAGUGAUGACAUGGUAUUGAUUCUGAAGGGGAAGAAGGUUGGUGAACCUUCUGUGAUCACCGUGAAUUGCCCAGACAAGACCGGACUCGGAUGCGAUCUCUGCAGAAUUAUUCUCGAAUUUGGGCUUCGCAUUACCAAGGGAGAUGUCUCAACUGAUGGGAUUUGGUGCUACAUCGUAUUAUGGGUGGUUCCUCAUCCGACUUCGCUCACUGUGAGUUGGGCAAGCUUGAAGAAUCGGCUUUUAUCCGUGUGCCCUUCAUAUGCAGUUUCAUUUUACUUCAAUCAACAGUCAAGUUGCUCUACAACUUCCCCAGUUUACCUGUUGAAAUUUUGUUGCUUUGACCGGAAGGGUUUGCUACACGAUGUCACUGAGGUCCUCUGCGAACUUGAGCUUAUCAUUCAAAGAGUAAAAGUGAUGACAACCCCUGAUGGCAGGGUCUUGGACUUCUUUUUCAUAACAGAUAGCAUGGACCUGUUACAUACAGAAGAGAGGCGGGAUGACACAUGUAAACAGCUUCAUGCUGUUUUGGGAGAAUCAUGUAUCGUCUGUGAGCUUCACUUGGCAGGACCUGAAUAUCAAACUCGACUGGGGGUAUCUUCUCUUUCGCCAGUGGUUGCUGAGGAAUUAUUUAGUUGUGAAUUAUCAGACAAGGAAAACCUUUCUCAAGCUCUUAGUCCAGAUUUGACAAAACUGAAGGACGUUAAUGUCUCAAUAGACAAUUCCCUAAGCCCUGCUCAUACAUUGCUCCAAAUACAGUGUGUUGAUCAAAAGGGCCUUCUUUAUGACAUUAUGAGAACUUUGAAGGACUGCAAUAUUCAGAUAGCGUAUGGAAGAUUCUCAUCAAGCAACAAAGGUCUUCGAACUGUUGACUUAUUUAUCCAGCAAACAGAUGGAAAAAAGAUUGUGGAUGUGGACAAGCAGAAUUCUUUGUGUCACUGUUUGAAGUUAGAGAUGCUUCACCCAUUGCGGGUAAUUAUUACCAACCGUGGCCCUGAUACUGAACUCUUGGUUGCCAACCCAGUAGAAUUAUCUGGAAAGGGAAGACCCCGUGUUUUCUAUGAUGUUACACUUGCUCUGAAAGUGCUGGGGAUUUGUAUUUUCUCGGCUGAAAUUGGAAGGUAUUCUACAACAGAUCGCCAAUGGGAAGUCUACAGAUUCCUUUUGGACGAAAGCUGCGAGUUUCAACUGUCAAGCAGUCAAGCUAGAAAUCAUAUUGUAGAUAGAGGGUUUGCAGAAGUAAAAGUCUUCCCUUAACAAUGAAGAGAUUAAUGGAGAUUCAUUUGCUGAUCUUCCUUCUUUCUUCCGGCAUUCUCCUCCGGCUGUCGUUGAGCCAAAGCAUUGCACAACCAAACUAUGCAGCCAACUACUGCUCAGGAGGUAAUUACACUGCUAACAGCAUAUACCGCAGCAACCUCAGUAAUGUAUUCUUUCAUCUACACAAUUAUAUUACCAACAGUGCCAGAUUUAGCACCACAACAUCUGGCCAGAAUCCAGACAUAGUCUAUGGUCUCUUUAUGUGCAGAGGCGAUAUUACCUCACAAGAAUGUAUACAAUGCCUUGAUACUGCAAUGACAAAUAUCACACAAAGUUGUCCCAAUGAGGAAACCGCAAUAAUAUGGUAUGGUUUAUGCAUGUUGCGCUACUCAAACCAGUCUUUCUUCUCAACUUUGCAAUAUGAUCCGACUUAUCAUCUGUGGAAUCUCAAUAACGCAACCAACUCAAGUCAGUUUAGGCAGACUGAUAGAUCUUGUGGGUAAUCUGAUGGAACAGGCAACCUUUUCCACUGGCAAGUUUGCAAAUGGGACUCUAAAGUAUAGUAAAAGCAGUAAUGAGAUACAUGGGCUGGUGCAGUGUACACUUGAUAUAUCUCAGGGUGAUUGCCUCAACU